UGCAUAUCUUUCUUCAUAGUUUAACUAUUUAUUUAAUAAUUAAACAUGUCUGGGCUUUCAUCAGAUUGAUCCUUAGCCUAUAUAACACCUUCUGGACUGACUAUUUUUUGCUAGUUUUCUUCUAUUAGUGCAUUUCAGAGGGUGCUCGGAGAGGGAAGAAGAGAGUGGAGAUAUGGCUGGUGGUGGGUUUAACGAAAAUAGGAAUUUGAAGAGAGCUCAUCUCUAUGAAUACAAGACUACCAGUUAUUUUAUCUUUGCUUGCCUUGUUGCAGCUAUGGGAGGAUCCCUUUUUGGAUAUGAUCUUGGUGUUUCUGGUGGAGUGACUUCCAUGGAUGAUUUCUUGAAGGAAUUCUUUCCAAAAAUAUAUAGAAGGAAACAAGCACGCCUUCGCGAAACAGACUACUGCAAAUAUGAUAAUCAGCUCCUCACUCUUUUUACGUCUUCACUAUACUUUGCAGGCCUCAUUUCAACAUUUGGAGCCUCCUAUUUAACCAGGAAAAAAGGACGUAGAGCCAGCAUCCUCGUUGGUGCAGUCAGCUUCUUUCUAGGAGGAGUCAUCAAUGCUGCUUCUGUGAAUAUCCCAAUGCUAAUCAUAGGACGCAUUUUUCUUGGUGCUGGCAUCGGAUUUGGCAAUCAAGCAGUUCCCUUAUAUCUGUCUGAGAUGUCUCCAGCAGAGCAUCGAGGAGCUGUGAACCAGCUUUUCCAAUUGACCACCUGUUUGGGGAUCCUUGUAGCAAAUUUGAUCAACUACGGAACUGAGAAGAUCCAUCCAUGGGGUUGGAGAUUAUCUCUUGGCUUAGCUACAGUUCCAGCGACAAUGAUGUUUGUUGGGGGCCUUGCUCUUCCUGAGACCCCUAACAGUCUUGUAGAACAAGGUAGAUUAGAAGAGGCUAAAAGGGUGUUGGUAAAAGUCAGAGGUACCCCAAAUGUUGAUGCUGAAUUUGCUGAUCUUGUUGAGGCCAGCGAUGCAGCACGGGCUAUAAAGCACCCAUUCAGGAAUCUUCUGCAGAGGAAGAAUCGUCCCCAGUUGGUAUUAGGGGCUUUGGGAAUCCCAGCUUUCCAACAGCUCACCGGAAUGAACUCCAUUCUCUUCUAUGCUCCUGUCAUGUUUCAGACCUUGGGUUUUGGCUCAGGGGCAUCCCUUAUUUCCUCUCUCAUAACUAGUGGAGGACUUGUACUUGCUACAUUAAUUUCAAUGGUUUUAGUGGACAGAUUUGGUAGAAGAACAUUCUUUUUAGAAGCUGGUGUAGAGAUGUUCUGCUGCAUGGUGAUCGUGGCCAUAACUCUGGGCUUAAAGUUUGGAGAAGGAGAACAACUCUCUAAAGCCAUUGGUGCGUUCCUCGUAUUUAUUAUCUUCUUGUUCGUUUUAGCUUAUGGAAGGUCUUGGGGUCCUCUGGGGUGGCUAGUUCCAAGCGAGCUCUUCCCCUUGGAGACUAGGUCAGCCGGCCAAAGCAUGGUGGUCUGUGUCAACCUCCUUUUCACAGCUUUGAUAGCACAAUGUUUCUUGGUGUCACUUUGUCAUCUCAAAUAUGGAAUUUUCUUGCUAUUCGCUGGCCUGAUAUUCAUAAUGAGCAGCUUCAUUUACUUCCUCUUGCCUGAAACAAAGCAAGUUCCAAUAGAGGAAGUCUAUCUUCUCUGGAAGGAUCACUGGUUCUGGAAGAAAUAUGUUGAAGCUGAUGAACCCACCAGUGUAUAACACUAGGAAAAUUCUUUGCUCACAUCCUUUGCUUUCAAGAUUCUCUAUUAAAUAUUUUACUGUAAUUUUUUUAAGGACUUCGGAGUCGGGAGAAGUGUAAAACAAUCUAAUCUCUAUCUUUAUU